ACGCGCCAAGCAUUGCGGGGAAAAACAAAGUGGAGCUCCCAAACGCCCCAGACCUAACCGAGUUCAGGAUUUGCAGAAGCACUUUUCCUCAAUCUCCUGCUCUCUGUUCCAAAUGGAAUAGGAUCAGGUUUAUUUACCCACUGUGAGGGUGAGAAGAGCAGACCCCGGAGCCCCUGAGGCCCUCCCUACAUCUUUGGAACACGCUAGUAAUUCACUGAUAACAGGAAACUAUGAGGGACCCUGUGAGUAGCCAGUACAGCUCCUUUCUUUUCUGGAGGAUGCCUAUCCCAGAACUGGAUCUGUCGGAGCUGGAAGGCCUGGGUCUGUCAGAUACACCCACCUACAAGAUCAAGGACAGCAGCGUUGGCAAAAUGACCGGGCAAGCAACAGGAGCAGAACAAGAGAAAAACCCAGAAGGUGAUACCCUCCUAGAGUACAGCACCUUCAACUUCUGGAGAGCUCCCAUUGCCAGCAUCCACUCCUUCGAAUUGGACUUGCUCUAGGCUAAGACUUACCUCUCCUUCCACCUUGCCCUUACUGUCUUCUCUUUUAAGCCCAUUCCUUCUCAUCCCUUUCCCAAAUUAAUCUUGUUCUCUUCUCUCUAUUGUGUUGGUGGUGCUGAUGAAUCUGCCAGUUGUUUGUUUGUUUGUUUAUUUAUUUAACUACCUACCUACUUACUCCAUUUCUCUCAAAAGCCCUCACACCAAAGUAAAGGGUUCAAGUAAGGGAGUACUGGAUCACAGAAAUCCUAACCCCACCCCUUGGAUUAACCCCAGAAAAUAGGCUUUGGGGAGGCAUCAGGGAGUAGUAGUGUAAAAUAGAAGACCAUUUUGGUUUCAUUUUUAAUCAGCUUUAAAGAUUGUUCAUGCCCUCUGGCAGAGGGCUUGCUUGGCAUGUGUAAGACCUUGGGUUUGAUCCCUAGCACCACAAAAAAGAAAAAGAUUGCUUAAACCUUUGUAGUUUCCUGUAGUUACCAGUAAACUUAAGUAUUUUUUCCAGGGUUAGUGAAAAUCUUCUAAUUUUUAAUUUAAGAUGACUUGCCACACAGAGUGAUCCAAAAUGCUAAAAUGAUAUUUUUUUUUAAUCCUGCUCCCUAUAAUACAUUCUUUUCCCCAGAGAAAUUGGGGGUUAAGGUAUAAAACAAGAGGAAAUAUUAUGGAAAAUGAAAAUAGUUCAGAAAUAGUUGAAGCUCUUUCCUUCCAAAAAGUGUUCUUUUGUUUUCUGCAGUACUGGGGAUCCAACCUAGGGGCCUUUUACCACUGAACUAUAUCCCUAGCCCAUUUUAUUUUUUUAAUUUUGAGAUGGGGUCUGAGUUGCCCAUGCUGGCCUUGAACUUGUCAUCCUUUUGUCAGCCUCCCUAGUCCAAAAGGGUGUUCUUGAGCCUACUCACUUAUAACUUUGCUUCUAACUGUGGGUUGAAAAUUCUAAGGAAAAUUAGAUUUUAAAUCUUAAGAAGAAACCUUGCUAUUAGGAUAAUUUGUAAGGUUCUAAUCAGUCUUCUAAAAAGCAUAGGGGUUUGGUCCUGAGUAGUUAGUCUUGCCCCUUCCUCAUUUGCAAUAUAUAAUACUACUAAUCAGUUGGCCUCAGGCACAGUUCUAAAGCUACCUUAAGACCAUGAAAUGAACAAUUACAUUCUGCCCCUACACCUUGUUCCCACUCCUUGCAAAAUUACUGCUGAUUUGUGCUGCCAUUUACUCAUUUAUUUAAUAAAGACAUUCAAUCCCA